CUUUAAAAGCCCCAUCUGAAGAUGCUCCGUAUCCACUGAGCGAGACCGGCGUACUGGUGUGGGUCUUGUGCGCAACUUUUCCACUCUGGUUUGAAAUUUACAACUUUACCAAAAACACAGAGCAGCAGAUUUUUUUUAAAGAAGUAAUUUUACCUUCUUUUGGACUUCAUCGACCAAUGUGGCUCCUUGGAUCAACUUCCCAAGUGAUGAUGAUGAUGGAUGAGCGCCUGUCUCCUUCCGCACGCUCCGUCCAGAGCCCGGGGGACAACCCGUCCACAGUCCACAGCAUAGAGGCGAUACUGGGAUUUAAAGAGGACACCAUCUUCCACAAGUCGGCCUGCUACAGUAUGACAGAGAAGCUCCUGGUCAAAGAUGCGGAGCGGAAUGUAAUUGUGACCCCGCUGAAGAAAAGUCACUCCUCAGAAAGUUUUGACAGUGUGUGUUGUGCCAGCGGCGCCGCUGACGCCUCGGUGUGCCCGGACUCACCCGACAGAGACGGCAAACUGUCCGAUGAUGAAAACCCCAAAAAGAAACACCGUCGGAACCGGACAACAUUUACCACCUUCCAGCUUCACGAACUGGAGAGAGCUUUCGAGAAGUCCCAUUACCCGGACGUGUACAGCAGGGAGGAGCUGGCGCUUAAGGUCAACCUGCCGGAGGUCCGAGUCCAGGUGUGGUUUCAAAACCGGCGGGCCAAGUGGCGCCGCCAAGAGAAGCUGGAGGUGAGCUCCAUCAAGCUCCAGGACACCUCCUCCUCCUUGCUCUCCUUCAGCCGCUCUCCUACCAGCUCCCUGAGCACCAGCCUGCAGCUGGACCCCUGGCUCUCCACCCCGAUCACCACCUCCACCUCCCUGCAGUCCCUCCCAGGCUUCAUCACGGGCUCACAAGGCCUCCCAGGCACUUACACCCCCUCUCCUCCCCCUUCCAUGCCCUCUUCCUUGCCGGCCUCCUUCCUCAACUCCCCUGCCCUGGGACACAGUCCUCACCUGCCCCACAUGGUCUCCAUGUGCCCCCCGCCCCCGGCGUACCACUGCUCAGCUGAUCCAAGGAACUCCAGUAUUGCCUCACUGAGGAUGAAGGCCAAGGAACAUAUUCAGUCUAUUGGGAAGACGUGGUGAUGCUGAGUAGAGGUUAAAAAUGGACAUUGAAACCCAGAAUGCAUUGUGCUGCAUCUUUCGAGGAGGUGACGUCAUCCUCAUGCUGACAGGACUGUUUGGAAGUUUUAAAGAGUGAAAUCUACAGUUGACAUCCAGGAUUAGAGACAUCCUCUUCACUUAAAAGGGUAACACUUCUCCCUAUUUAGCAUUCAUACGCAGUCAAUGUUUAAUAAAUGGAUCAUGGUAAACUAUAAUUAAGUAUAAGCAGAUAUAAGUGUUUAUUAAUGUAUUUAUCCUCCUAUGGGCACCCAUAAGACAACACAGAAAACAUGGUUCUAUUAACAUAAAAUACAUCUUCAUCUGAGAAUUGCUGACAAAUACUGUACAUUAAUAAACACUUUAAAUAUCUUUGUAGCCACUUAUCACUAAGCUAUAAUGUUAUAAACUAUUUAUUAAAUGUUUGCACUGUUUAUAAAUGCUAAACAGGGGGACUUAAAGUUAAGUGUCAUCAAGCAACUAACUGAAAAUCUAUGAAACUAACUGUGACCUUCCUGUAAAAUCCAAAACUAAUGAACACCACACAUCUGUUUUUUUUCUCUUCUACUUUAUCUUCCCUGCAGUCCAUGUUUACUGUAAAGUUUUACAAUCAUUCAGUCCCACCUCAUUCUUAUCCGGUGUUAUGCUGCCAAUAUAACAAGUUCAUUAGUAUUCAUCAGUAUUUAUUCUACUUUUGUACAUGGAGCUACUCCUCGUUUUCAUCCUUCCUUCGCUGCUUUUUGAUCUGCAUCAUGAAAGAUUUAACGAAUGUGAAUAUUUUGUCUACACAAUAAACUUUAUAUGUAAAAAUUCAUAAACAAAAUCGUGGCUAAUCAUGUUUUCCCAAAUGAUUUAUGGCAUUUUAGACUUGGAGAUUUGUCAGAAAUGUCUGACUGGGUGGAAAUAAUGAGUGUUCAUCAGGAGUGACAGCGACGCAAAGGUAAUAUGUAACAGAAUAGCAUCCAUGACCCGCAGUUGAUCUGCCAAUAUCACAUUUAUGUCAGAAUAUUGAAAGCGUCAUUAAUCAAACUGCAGAGUGGAAGUACAGGGAAGCUCAGUACACUCCAGUUGGGAAAAAUUGGAUACAGCUCCCCUUGGUGGUGGACUCCACUGUGUUUAUAAGGUUGGGAACAAUAAGCAAUAAAACAUGACACUAAAUGCAAAGUGUUGAAGGGGAGCUAUUUCAUUAUGUCAUUUCAUACUGGAGUUAAUUUGCAAAUGCUGUCUAAAAUACCCUAAGGGCCCCACAUCAUACUGUAAAUGCAACUUUGGAUCAAAUAAAUCCAUUUAACCUCUUUAUGGUAUCAAGUUUCACACCACUUUACCAUUUAAUCAUUUCAUGUAAACACAAGAAUGGAGGGUGUGAUAAAGAAGCAGCUUAAUCUCCCAGACUUCCUCCCACUUAUUUCCUCCUCAUUAACUCCUGUAAACUUUAUCCCAUUCGCUCCUGGGAUUAGACUCAUAAUGACGGGGUGAAAGUGGCUCAUACCUCUAUUGUUCGCCAAUCAUCCGUGACAAAUGAGCGAAGAGGACAGAAGAAAAAACUUUCCUUUGGCUUAAAAAAAGGAUGUGUGUAACUAAAUUGUUUCAAUUAGCAUUUCCUAUUGUCUGCAGCCCCUGAGGGCUAAUAAUAGUCCCCGUCAUCAUCUAUCCUAACUGUCCUAAAGACACACUGGGGUGUGUUUGUGCUUGUUCUAAUGAGGACAAAAAAGACAGUAUCACAGCUGACUGAAUGGACCAUAAACUGGUUUUGUCAUCUGUAAUUAUGAUCAUGUUAACUCUUAAUGCUUCACCUUAUUGGUAAGUUACUACAAAUUUAACUACAGGUGCUCUCAACAUGGACGUUGUGUGCCAUCUAGUGGUACAAACCUGUUACUGUACAGAGGGAGUGAGCUUCAUGAGCAUUA